GAUCAUUGGGCGCGGACCAAUUGCUUCAGAAGAGCACGGAAAGCAAGACUAUCAAAGCUGACAACACAGUUGGCUCGCGCUGUUUUUCCAUUACAUAGAAACGUUCGCAUAUUUGCAAUCCAUCUGUAACCUAGUCACCGUCUCAGCGAGGUCGUGCUGCGUGAGGCGAGAUGGCGCCCGCGGUGGACACGCUCACGGAGGACCAUGCCGCAGUGUAUGACCGCCAGCUGCGCGUCUGGGGAGUGGAGGUGCAGCGCAGGCUGAUGGAGGCCAAGGUGCUGGUCCUGGGUCUGGGCGGCCUGGCUGCGGAGGUGUCUAAGAACCUGGUGCUGGCGGGAGUGGGGCGGGUGGGGCUGCGCGACGACACGCCCGCCGCCGCCGCCGCCCCUGGCAACUUCCUGGUAGACCCCAGCGCGGCGGCGGAGGGCCUCACGGUGGCGGAGGCGUGUGCCCGCACGCUGCAGGCCAUGAAUCCGCUGAUGGCUGUAGCAGUGGAGCCGGGGCCGCCCCACGCCGCGGCGCUACUGCCGGCCCAGCACCCGCACCACACGCGGCACGGCCACAGUCACCCCGGGGAGUCUGAGGCGGAGGCGCUGCGGGCGCUGCUGUCGCGCUACGACCUGGUGGUUGCGGUGGGCGGCGGGGCGGCGGGCGGCGGGCUGGCGCUGGAGCAGGUCGCUGCACUGGACGGCGCGGCCCGGGCGCUGGGUGUGGGUGUGUUCGCCGGCGCCGCGCGCGGCCCCAGCUCGUGGGUGUUCGUGGACCUGGGCGGCGAGUGCGAGCAGGGCUUCGGCUACACGCCCAAGGGCGAGACGGAGCAGCGGUGGCUGCGCUACGCGUCCUUCCGGUCGGCGCUCACGGGCGGGCUGGGCGGCGUCCACAGGCGCACCCACCCGCUGUACCUGGUGCUGAGGGCCUGCUGGCAGUUUGAGGAGGAGCACGGCCGCCCGCCCGCCGGCGCCGCCGACGCACCCGCCGUACGAGCCGCCUUUGACCGCCUCACGGCCGCCACACCCGCCGCGCCGCCCCUGCCCGCCGACCUGCUCGAAGCCUUUGUGAUCGACGGCGCCGCGCCCAGCGCCGCCGCGGCGGCGGGCGCUGACGUGGCGGCGGCGUCAGCGGCCGCCGCUGGGCUUGAACAGGACGCAGCUGCGGCGGCGGCGGCGGCGGGCUCGGAGCAGGAGGAGCCGCAGGGGGAGCUGGCGCCAGUGUGUGCGGUGGUGGGGGGCGUGGUGGCGAACAACGUCCUGCGUGCGCUGUCGGCUGCCAACCCGCCGCUCCGCAACUUCUUCUUCUACAGCUAUCUUGUGCGAGAUGGUCUUGGGCUUGAGGAAUGCUUCAUGUAGUUUGUGAGCUUUCGUCUCAUUAUUGUGUAGGAGGGCUUAGCUUUGCCGAGUUUUACCAGUUUUGAGCCAAAGCGGUUGAGGGCAAGAGCGGGCAGCCGGGAAGGAUGUGCAGGAACGGGAUAGGCGGAUUGCUACAGGGAAUGGUCCCCUGGACUGGUACGCGAAUCGGGCAGGGGUGCACAAGUUUGCCGAGGAUGCUUUGCAAGGAGGUACAACGUGGUGCACACGGCGGUACACGAGCAAGUCGGGGUUCUGCAACGCCCGCGGCAGCCGGCCUGCUGCAUAACCUGCUUGAAAUUGUAUUGGAGCUUGGGAUGUUUGCUGCACCCGGCUCAGUCGCCGAGGUUCGAUCGAAGUCAACCUCGCCGAUUACAAGCAUCACCCGGCCCAUUACUUG